GCUGCCGAAAGACUUCUUCUGCUGAUAUACAGCCGUACUUUUACUGUAAGAGCUACAAGUAACUCAAUAUUACCAAGGCUAAGAAGCCAAACUCAUUCACUUCAACAUAAGGCAACGAGACACUGUCACAGAUACACUUUGACCGGUGACGUAGGGACUCUAGACUUACAAAGGAUAUAAGAAGACCGAAGAAUGAGGGAAAAGGAUAGCAGCACGUGCAGCAGACCAAGAUGUUGGAGACAGACAUGCAUGUCCCUUCUGACACGAUGCCUGCCAACAAGAUACACGAGCAUGACCUUGCGUGGUACAAGAUGCAAACCGCAUAUCCAACCUAGCCGGACAAACACCGAUCCUCCAGAUCAAAAGAAGAAAGGAAGGGGAACAAGGAGAAACAUCCUCAACAUCGGCAGUCGAAAAUUGCCCCUCGCACGGCCAGCGUUACCCCGCGAAGACAUUAAAUUUUUUUUCAUCACGAUGUUCUCUACCCCGCCAACUGGAACACCGGCGGCGGGUCCCUCUCCAGCACGACGCUCAGAGUUGUUGCAGGCGCGAUCUCGCAAGAUGCAAGCGAGUGGACAAGAAAGGCCGGGUGGUCAUGCGGGCCUUGCCUCUCGACUCGCCUUCUCUGGCUCUUGGCUUUCCUCGAGGUUGAGUGAAAGCCCGGGGGCGAAGGUGAAGGGCGAGGGGGGGCGGGGUCGUGUCGGAAAGCGGGCGACGUCGUAUCAGCAUCGGCGAGAUCUCUCGCGGCCGAAUCCACGAGCGUGGUCUUGUGGCAGGGGAGCCGAAGGAGGCGAUGGAUCAUGGCGUAUCUUUCAACGGAUACAUACAAACAGGCGGGCUGUAGCCCUUGGCAAGGUCGGCUUCUGCACCUCGCUGACCUCACCAAGCUGACUGGAGCUUACCGAACACCCGUGAUGCAGUUUGCCUGCCGCCUUCGCGCGGCACAGCACCGUAGGCUGGCGCCCUUCUUCUCAGCUGUUAGCCUGUUUCGAGAUGUCAGCUCUGC